UUUGACGCAAAUAUAAAAAGAUGGCAUGAAUUCUACGAAUUUACUAUAGCAAUUUCGUAGAAUCCAUGCCAUUUCUAUAUUUCUGCGUCUAAAGAAAACACACUGGACUGUCUUUGUUCAGGAUUGCGUAUAGAAUGGAACUGUUGAGCCCUUUUACGCGUUUGACAUACGUGGACUUGGAUAUUUAGAGAUAAUAUAUACGUCGACGUCGAAAGCGACCAGGGCACCCCUUUAGGUGAGAUCGUAGAACGGAAACAUACCUGGUAUCUGAUCUCGUUUCAAAAUGCCACUGCGAGGAAUCAAAGUUAUCGAACUAGCCGGACUCGCACCAGUACCUUUUUGUGGCAUGAUAUUAUCAAAUUUUGGGGCAUCAGUGGUCAGAGUAGACAGAGCUUCCAGUGAAGUGCCAAAUAUUGCUAUUGAUUUCUUGGGCAAUGGAAAACGUUCUGUAGGAUUAAAUCUCAAGUCUAAAGAGGGUACUGAUAUACUGAAAAAGAUGUCUCAACAGAGCGAUGUUAUUCUUGAUCCAUUCCGACCAGGCACUAUGGAAAAACUGGGACUAGGUCCAGACACUCUAAUGCUAAAAAACAAGAGACUCAUCUACGCAAGGCUAAGUGGAUUUGGACAAACUGGUCCAUAUGCCAAGAUGGCUGGGCACGAUAUAAAUUAUGUCGGUUUAUCUGGUCUGCUUUCGCUCUUCGGUAGACACCAUGAGAAACCAACUCCACCUGUAAAUCUUACUGCAGACUUCGGCGGUGGCGGCUUGACCUGUGCUUUCGGCAUAGUCCUUGCAUUGCUGGAACGAACGCGGAGUAAUGAGGGUCAAGUAAUUGAUGUUUCUAUGGUUGAGGGUUCAGCAUACUUGGGGAGCUGGUUAUACCGCUCGCAAGGACUUGCCGGACUAUGGGGACAACCCAGAGGAAAAAAUUUGUUGGAUGGAGGAGCUCACUUUUAUGAUACAUACGAAACAAGGGAUGGACAAUUCAUGGCUGUCGGUGCCCUUGAGCCUCAAUUCUAUGCAGUUUUGUUAGAGAAACUAGGUCUUUCAGAAGACGACUUGCCCCAGUUUGGAGACUUUGAGGAAAGUCGUUCACGGCUGGCCAAGAUAUUCAAGGAAAAGACACAGGAUGAAUGGUGCACGGUAUUUGAAGGCACGGAUGCUUGUGUUACACCUGUGCUGUCACUAGAAUCUGCACCUCUCAAUCCACAAAAUGAGGCUAGAUGCAGUUUUCAAAAAUCCAAAUCAGGAGACAUCAUACCGAGUCCUGCGCCACGGCUGUCACGGACCCCUGGCUGUGAUCGGACCGCAGAUAAGCUUAGUCCUGCUACAGGUCAAAAUAGCAUUGAUAUCCUACUAGAAUAUGGAUUCACAACAGACCAAAUACAGAAAUAUGUUCAACAGGGUAUAAUUUAUCAAAAGGAUUUAUCAACUAAACUGUAAAUGUAUUCGAUAUAAUGUAUGCAAACCAUGAACAAACUUAGCCAUUACACCUUUUUUUUAAGCAGAUUAAUUUCAAGUUCUUAAUGGCAGGGACUAAUGUAUAUAAUGACAGAGGCAUUAUCAGGAAUGUACUUAUUGCACUGGCCACAUUUUCAUCUUUAUUUGAUAGUAAUGUUUAAACAAAAAUGAAAAUUUAUCAAGUGUAAUUAGUGUAUUCUGAGUGAAAUCGUUUUAAUUAUACGUGAUCACGUUUCAAUUAUACCGGUCCAAUCGAAUGGUCAGAUGCUUGAAGAAAAUAUUGAUUACUCUUAUUGUUAUCCUAGUGCGGGGAUUUGUUUAAAUAUAUUUUUAUACUGUAAAAAUAAGCAUAUAAUAUAAAUUCUAAUAUAUGAAAUAUUGUUGAGCUACA